CCAUGGGCAUUGCACAGCAUUGCACAACACAGGUCCAGUUGAUACACACAGGCAAUACACUCAUACACAAAAACCGAAAUAAUAAAAAUUUUUUAAAUGCUUUAAGGGUAAUGAGAGGGUUAAGGAAUAGCUAUUGACAUUUAUAGUGUCAUGCUCUGUGCUCAUACUGGGUAUAGCGCAUGCCUAUAAAUGCCAGCACUUGAGAGAUAGAGGCAGGAGGAUUGCUGUCAGUUCAAGACCAGCUUGGUCUACAUAGUGAAUACCAGGCCAGUCAGGGUUGCAUAGCAAGACCCUGUCUCAAAAAAAAAAAAAAAACUGGGCUGGUUUGUCCCUGCAGAAUCUGUCAUUUAAUAGUCACAGGAACACUGCAGAUUUGGAGUUGUAGGCACCAUGGACCCUCAAAGAUGCCUGUACCCUGAUCCCUAGAACCUAUGACUAUCACCUUGUAUGGAAAAGGGACUCCAGAUGGGAUUAAGGAUCUUAGCAGGGAAGAUUGUCCUGUACAGUCAGUCUGAUGGGAUAGUCUGAUGGGAUGUCACAUGAAUUCUUUUAAUAGAGUGGAGGGCCCUCCCCCAGCUGGUCAAAGAUGCAGGGUUGCUGAUCAUGAAGGCAGAGGAAGGUUCCACUAGCCAUGGAACACAGCUUCUCAGAAGUUGGAAAUGAGGAUACAGACUUCUGGAAGCCUCCAGAGAAGCCAGAUCUGUAACCUACAGAAGUGUAAGAUAAUAAAUUGUGUUGCCUCAAGCCACCAGGUUUGAUUUAAUGCCUGCAUUAUACCUAUUGUAUGGUGAAGAAACCCCGUUGAAAGAGGCUGCACACAUGGCAGGUAGAACUGGGAAAGCCCAGGCCAAGUGCACCCAGACCUGGAGGAUCAGCAUGGGCAAAAUGGAAUGUCUUGCAGCCUUGGGUUGGUGCUCCGGCACCUUUAAGAAUGCGGGGGCGGGGGGCGGGGUUUGUACCCGUUGCUUGGAAACCACUUAUCUCCCAGGGACGCUAGAUUCUGCUCCGUGCCACUUCCUGGAUUUGCAGUGCGCCCUAAAGUGGUCCUGCCUACACACACCAGGACCCAGGCAGGUUCCUUCUUCAGCAUACCAAGACUUGAGCACGUAAAACCUAUUCAUGCUUUGAAGCAAAACAGUGAUCCACCAAAGGAAUCAUUGAUUAAUUUUAUAUAUAAAGUAAAGUACAUCUUCCAAAGGCCAUGGUGAAAGAAAAGAAAAAAGACAAGAAAGGCGAUAAAUUGGGCCACUCUCCUUCCUCUAAUUCUGAAAAUCCAGCGGGUUCCAAGCAAGACAGCAGUGCCAAUAAGCAGGAGCCAGCCACAGGUGUUUCCAUCCCAGUGGAAACACCACCCAAGGAACCAGCACCCAAAAGGGACUCCACAAAUAUUUAUCAGAACGAAGAUGAAACUCAGUAUGAAGAGCCCAUCCUGACCAAACUCAUUGUGGAAAGCUAUGAAGGAGAGAAAGUCCGUGGACUGUAUGAGGGAGAAGGGUUUGCUGUCUUUCAAGGUGGUAACACCUACCAUGGUAUGUUUUCAGAAGGACUCAUGCAUGGACAAGGGACAUAUAUUUGGGCUGAUGGAAUGAAAUAUGAGGGGGACUUUGUGAAGAACAUCCCUACGAACCACGGUGUGUACACAUGGCCAGAUGGCAGCACCUAUGAAGGAGAAGUGCGCAAUGGCUUGAGGAACGGAUUUGGUAUGUUCAAGUGCAGCACGCAGUCUGUGUCCUACAUUGGCCACUGGUGUCACGGCAAGAGGCAUGGGAAGGGUUCCAUCUAUUACAACCAAGAGGGUACCUCUUGGUAUGAGGGAGACUGGGUAUACAACAUCAAAACUGGCUGGGGAGUAAGACGCUACAAAUCUGGAAACAUAUACGAAGGUCAGUGGGAAAACAAUAUGCGCCAUGGGGAAGGCAGAAUGAGGUGGCUGACAACUAAUGAGGAAUACACUGGUCACUGGGAAAAAGGAAUCCAGAAUGGCUUUGGAACACACACUUGGUUCCUAAAGAGAAUCCCAAACUCCCAGUAUCCAUUGAGAAAUGAAUACAUAGGGGAGUUUGUAAAUGGGUACCGCCAAGGAGAUGGGAAGUUUUACUAUGCCAGUGGAGCAAUGUAUGAGGGAGAAUGGGUUUCCAAUAAAAAGCAUGGCAAGGGCAGAUUAACUUUCAAGAAUGGGCGUGUAUAUGAAGGUCUGUUUUCCAAUGAUCACAUAGUACAAUUCCUGGACAAUGAGAUGGAUUUCACAUGUAAUCUGGACCAUCAGUCAGAUGGCUCCCAAAGGAGCAGGCAGCCUUGGGGAUCUUCCAUCAGUGCUGAGAUUCUUCGAAAGCUUGAUGGCAGCAUAAGUCAUUCCGUGUUGGGAUCGAGUAUUGAACUGGACCUAAAUGUGUUGCUGAACAUGUACCCUGAUGAAACCCAAGAAGAAGAAAAGAAGCAGGUAGAAUAUGCUGUGCUAAGGAACAUCACAGAGUUAAGAAGAAUCUACUGCUUCUACAGUGGCCUCGGAUGUGAUCACACUCUGGAUAAUACCUUUCUAAUGACCAAGCUUCACUUCUGGAGAUUUCUAAAAGACUGUAGGUUCCAUCACCACAAUAUAACUCUUGCAGAUAUGGACAGGGUCUUAGCUGCCUAUAAUGACAUACCGGUUGAAGAAAUUCACUCUCCAUUUAGAACUAUACUCUUGAGAACUUUCUUGAAUUACCUCCUGCAGUUGGCUUACCACAUUCAUCACAAAGAAUACCAGAAUAGAAGUCCAUCACUCUUUCUGUGUUUUACAAAACUCAUGACUGAGAACAUUCACCCACAUGCCUGCCAGGUAAAAGGUCAUUUAUUCAGUGAGCAACAGCGGACACUCUACUCAAUGAAUUAUAUUGGUAAGUCCUGGGAGAUCUACACAGUCUACUGCAGGCCAAAUGAAACCCCGCCCCAAGAGCUUACAAUGAAGAUGAGGUAUUUCCUUUGGAUGUUGAAAGACUUCAGAAUGAUAAAUAAAGACUUAAGUGCAACCAAGUUUAUGACAGUGAUAGCAGAAGACAGUCCUUUUGUAUAUGAUGUAACUGACAGCAACUUUGAACUUGAGCUGGUUUUCCUGGAGUUCUUUGAAGCUCUCUUAUGUUUCUCAGUGUGCUGUGUUUUUGACCAAAUGACUAGCUCCUAUUUAAAAGUUCCAUAUGGCGACAUUACUGGAAACAGAUAUGACAGUAUUCACACAAUAAUAAACCAGAGCAUCUACAGGAGUCCAAGCUCCAUCACAAGCCACGACUCUGACGUCCACUUCAGCAGCACCAAGUAUUCGACAGAGAAGUUAGGAGUCUUGCCUGAUAGUAAAAUCAGGAAAUCAGAGUCCAAGGUCAAGAAGUCCCUAAGUGAUGACAGAGGCUCCAAAAUGAACUUCAAACCUCAAGGAAAAGGACUGGUUUUUGUGUCUCAACAUGAGAAAUACGAAAAGCCCAGGAACGGUCAGAAAGAGAAACUCGAUGCAUGGGUCAACAACCUGUACGUCUUCUUUGUGAACACACUCUUCUCUGCCUACAAACGUGAGGAGAUGCUCAAAGUGAAAGUGAAAGAAAACAGGCUUCGAGAAGCCGCGCUAGCUCAGCAGAGGCAGAUGGAAAACGAAGAGCUGGAGGCCAGGUUAAGCAUCCUCCAAGAGGAAGAGGCCAAGAGACAAGACUUUGAUGUUGACAUUACUGUGUUCAAGGAGUCGCUGGACGUCCCAUCCUCACUACCACUCACACCAAGCCCUCCUAAAGAGGACUUGGCUCUGACCCAGACCAGCAAGGCCAGCUCUGGCAAGAAGAAGAAGAAGUGACGCACUCAGUGUCUCAGUUGAGCUGCAAGGAUGCAGAUGUAAAUGCUCAAACAUGAGUUUUGUGACAAA